AUGGCUUCUACUUCUGGAACUAAGAAGCCUAAAGGGCCUAAGCUCCUUGAGAAGACAUACCUUCCAGACUCCGGCUCCGAUGAUGAAGCAUUUGACUUUAGCUUCUUGGAUUUUUCCGAAGAAACUUUCAAAUCCCCCUCAAAACUAUAUGAUGAUCCUUUUCUUAACUUAUUCUGCGAGGAAAACAUAUUAAGGAGGAUUAUUGAUGGAAUGGUAGAUGAUAGAGACAUUCCUGGUGGCCAACAAAAUGAGCAUGCCUACUUAAAUGAGGACAAUGAAGAUGUUGGCUCGAGUAUUGGGUGCAUGAUCCCAAUGUUUACUGGAAAUAGAUGA